AUGAGGCUUUCUUUGGCAUUUCUCCUAUUUUCCCUAAUUUUACUAAUCAACACAAUUAAUUCAAAACCACAUCCAAACGGCCUUCCAAUGGUACGGCGAGAUGGGAAUGGGGGUGAUUUGGAUGAUUUAUUAACUGAAUUUAGAGCAAAAGGGAGUAGAAUGAGAUUUGGAAAACGUUCCUCUCCUUCCUCCUCUCCUCGUUUUUCGUCAUCCAGUGCUGAUGUUGAUUUUAUUGAGGCACCAAUUUAUUACAUUCCUGACCGUUUUAUGUGGUUUCAAUAAAAGAGAAAAUAUUAACAAAAACAAAAUAUUUAAUUUUUAUUUUUUAAAAUUU